GGCACUUUCAUCUGUGCCCUCUGCGUUCGAGAUCGAUCUCAGCUGGCACCGUCCCAGUUCGCCAUGGCGGAGGACCGGAGCCCCAAGCCCAUCCACUGCAAAGCGGCGGUGUGCCGAGCCGCCGGCGAGCCACUCACCAUCGAGGAGAUCGUCGUCGACCCGCCGAAAGCGUACGAGAUCCGCAUCCGGGUCAUCUGCACCUCACUCUGCCACACCGAUAUCACCUUCUGGAAAGCUAAGGUGGCACCGGUGUUUCCAAGAAUACUAGGGCAUGAGGCGUACGGGGUAGUGGAGAGCGUGGGGGAGCACGUGGAGGGCUUCGCGGCGGGGGACACCGUGGUGCCGACGUUCCUGGGGCAGUGCGAGCGCUGCGCCAGCUGCGCGUCGGAGCACAGCAACGUGUGCGACGCGGUGCCGUUCGUCAUCGGCCCCGGGAUGCGGCGCGACGGCACCACCCGGUUCCGGGACGCGCGGGGGAGCCCGCUGCACGACCUCCUCGCCGUCUCCAGCUUCAGCGAGUACACCGUCGUGGACGUGAACCAGGUGGUCAAGGUCGACCCCGCCGUGCCGCCCAAGCUCGCCUGCCUCCUCAGCUGCGGCGCCGGCACCGGGGUAGGAGCAGCGUGGAGGUCUGCCAAGGUGGAGCCAGGAUCCACUGUUGCAAUCUUUGGCCUCGGAUCUGUCGGUUUGGCGGUGGUCCAAGGCGCGAAAAUGUGUGGCGCAUCCAAGAUCAUCGGCGUUGAUCUCAACCCUGACAAGGAGGAAGUAGGGAGAUCGUUCGGCGUCACAGACUUCGUCAAUCCAUCGCAGCUGGACAAGCGUUCUGUCGUAGAGGUGAUCGUUGAGAUGACCGGCGGCGGCGUGGACUACAGCUUCGAGUGCAUCGGCGUGCCGUCGGUGAUGACCGACGCCUUCAGAUGCACCAAGAUGGGGAAGGGCAAGACGAUCGUGCUGGGGCUGGGGAGGGACAGCGACGAGGUGUGCCUGCCGUCGCUGGAGCUGCUGUUCGGGAGGUGCGUCAUGGGGUCGCUCUUCGGCGGGCUGAAGCCCAAGACCCACAUCCCCGUCCUCGCCAAGAAAUGCAUGGACAAGGAGCUGCAGCUGGACGCGCUGGUCACGCAUGAGCUUGGACUGCAGGACAUCAACAAGGCCUUCGACCUGCUCCUGCAGGGGAAAAGUCUGCGCUGCAUCCUCUGGAUGGACAAGGACAAGUAACGGAAGGAGAGGGGCGGCCGGACCAAUCCUUCCUGUCUCUGAAUAAAUUUGCCCUGUUUUUUCAGCGAGGCGUUGCUGAAAGCUGGUGUUAGCGGCGACCAAGACUAUCUGUUCCUGAAACCCUGUGUAUCAGUAUCGUUUCGUUGUCUGAACUGAUUAAAUCCUAAUAUCGAUAGAUUAGACUCUCCCCAGCAACCGCUUUGUCCCCUGAAUAAAGUGAUUCAUCAUCUCUUUUUUACGUCUAGCAAUAUCCUGUAAAAGGUCCCUACAAGACAGCGAAGGUUACCGUCUGUCCCCUUGUGUCGUGGUUUCGGAAAUCUGACACACGGGAUUAUAUUGAUUC